AUGAUCUUAGUACUAGUUAUUGUUUGUAUUUUAUCAACAAUUAUAUCUUCUUCUCCUUCUGAAGUAACAAAUUCACAACAAUUUCCAAAAGCAAUCAUCAUUGGUGUAAAAAAGUGUGGUACACGUGCUUUACUAAAAUUUUUAUCUGUACAUCCAGCUAUAGCUGCAUCAUCACAAGAAGUUCAUUUCUUUGAUACUCCCAAAAACUUUCGACUUGGGUCGGAUUGGUAUCGAAAUCAGAUGCCAAUAGCUACAACUAAUCAAUAUGUAACAAUAGAAAAAACGCCACAUUAUUUCAUUGAUAGACAUACACCUAAACGUCUAGCACAUUUAUUACCUGAUGUUAAAUUAAUUUUAAUUUUACGAGAUCCAGUUAUACGAGCCAUAAGUGAUUAUGUUCAAAUUAAAAGUCGACAUGAAUAUUAUCCAACAUUUGAUGAAUUUAUUUCAAUGAAAAAUUUUACUCGUUGGACACCAAUUAAAAUUGGUUGUUAUGCUAUAUAUCUUCGUCGUUGGUUAAAAUAUUUUCCAUUAGAACGAAUACAUUUUGUUGAUGGUGAAAAUUUAAUUCAACGUCCAUGGGAAGAACUUCAACAUGUACAAAAAUUUUUAAAUAUAUCAAAUGAUAUUCGACAAGAAAAUUUUUAUUUUAAUUCAAAUAAACGUGGUUUUCCAUGUAUAAAACAACCAAAUGGAUGUUUAGGAUCAUCCAAAGGACGACAACAUCCAUUUAUUUCUGACAUUACACGUGCAAAACUAAAAAAUUUGUAUUCAACAUGUAAUAGACAAUUUAAACAACUUGCUCAAAUAAAUUUUCCUUGGCUUUAA